CAGCAGCUCCCCCGCACUCCCGCGACUCACACACUUGCACCCGUAGCUAGCGCGCAGCCUGGCGUCUCCCCGCGCCACGCUUGCUCCUCCCUCCCUCCUCCCGCUCCGUGGCUCCCGCGCUCCUGGCUAGGCUCAGGCGCUGAGCGCUUGGACGGGCGCACCGACAGACCGCCCCGGGGACGCCUUGGCUCGCGCCUCCCGGGCGGGCUAUGUUGAUUGCCCCGCCGGGGCGGGCCCGCGGGAUCAGCGCAGCUCGGCCCGCGGCCCCGGCGGCCAGCGGGGACUAUGAACCGGAAAGCGCAACGCUGCCUGGGCCACCUCUUUCUCAGCCUGGGCUUGGUCUAUCUCCGGAUCGGUGGCUUCUCCUCAGUGGUGGCUCUGGGAGCAAGCAUCAUCUGUAACAAGAUCCCAGGUCUGGCUCCCCGACAGCGGGCAAUCUGCCAGAGCCGGCCCGACGCCAUCAUCGUUAUAGGAGAAGGCUCACAAAUGGGCCUGGACGAGUGUCAGUUUCAGUUCCGUAAUGGCCGUUGGAACUGCUCUGCACUGGGGGAGCGCACCGUCUUUGGGAAGGAGCUCAAAGUGGGGAGCCGGGAGGCUGCCUUUACCUACGCCAUCAUUGCCGCCGGCGUGGCCCACGCCAUCACAGCUGCCUGUACCCAGGGUAACCUCAGCGACUGCGGCUGCGACAAGGAGAAGCAAGGCCAGUACCACCGGGACGAGGGCUGGAAGUGGGGUGGCUGCUCUGCCGACAUCCGCUACGGCAUCGGCUUCGCCAAGGUCUUUGUGGAUGCCCGGGAGAUCAAGCAGAAUGCCCGGACUCUCAUGAACUUACACAAUAACGAGGCAGGCCGAAAGAUCCUGGAGGAGAACAUGAAGCUGGAAUGUAAGUGCCACGGCGUGUCUGGCUCGUGCACAACCAAGACUUGCUGGACCACCUUACCGCAGUUUCGGGAGCUGGGCUAUGUGCUCAAGGACAAGUACAACGAGGCUGUUCACGUGGAACCCGUGCGCGCCAGCCGCAACAAGCGGCCCACCUUCCUGAAGAUCAAGAAGCCGCUGUCAUACCGCAAGCCCAUGGACACAGACCUGGUGUACAUCGAGAAGUCCCCCAACUACUGUGAGGAGGACCCAGUAACCGGCAGUGUGGGCACCCAGGGCCGCGCCUGCAACAAGACGGCCCCCCAGGCCAGCGGCUGCGACCUUAUGUGCUGUGGCCGCGGCUACAACACCCACCAGUAUGCCCGCGUGUGGCAGUGCAACUGUAAGUUCCACUGGUGCUGCUAUGUCAAGUGUAACACCUGCAGCGAGCGUACCGAGAUGUACACGUGUAAGUGAGCCCGGCCUGCACGCACUCCGCCCGCCGGCUGCAAGUUAGACAGCCGGGAGGACCAGACAGUUUCUGAACCGCGUGCUCCUGGGCAGGGUCACUGCCUGGAUCUUCGCGGGGAACCACAGGAAUGCUGAGCUUGUCUUUUCUGCUGAGGAGGGCACUUUUUCUGGGUUUCCUGCAGGCACCUGUGGGAACCAUCUCUCAGAGCCCUGGACCAUUCUGUUUUACACCCAAUGCUGCUCCGCCCUCCCCCAGACACCGCCCAGGCCCCUCCGUGGCUGGAGUGGAGCCUUUCACGGCAGGAACUCUGGACCCGUGGGCCUCAUCCUAGCAAUAUUUAACAAUUUAUUCUGAUAAAAAAAAGAUAAUAUUAAUUUAUUUAAUUAAAAAGAAUUCUUCCACCUCGUCGGGAUCCGUUUUCUGCAAUCAAAGUGGACCACUUGCUUUCCUAGUGGGAUGACCUUUGUCACUAGGAUUAGGAGCCGAGUAGAACUGUACAUAAUAAUUCUUGAUGCAGAUAUUUCUACCUGUUGAAUACCCUUCUUGCGGCAUUAGGUGUUUAAGUGCAAAAGCAGACAUCCUAUACACACACACACACACAUUUAUAUUUUUUUGCUCUUUGCUGCUACUUAUUUAGAAAUUUGAGCUGGUCCCAACUUGGAAAUGUUUUUCCAGAGUAUGUUUCCCAUCCUUUUGCCCUCCCCAGUUUGAACCUCACCAUUAGAAAAAUCCGGUUUGGAAUACAUAGAGAGAGGAAAGAUAAUAAUAAACUCCCAGAAGUUUCUGUCUUUUGAAAAGUGAGCCACUGGAUAAGAGAGCAUAUUUUGUAAGAAACUAUUUUUAUAUGAACAUCUUAUUUAUAUCAAGUCUGCCUGUAUCAAUCCAUGGCCUGUGCUUCUUUUUAAUGCUGAUCCUCACUCUGGGCUAAGGAGGGGUGAGG